AUGUCCACCGAUCCGAAGUUCGACGACCUCCACAAGCAACUCUUCGAGGAAGGCCUCAAGACUCGCCGCUCGGUUGUUGGAGACUCAUAUGUCGACAAAGCUCUCGCAAACGGAUCGUCUGAAUUCUCUCGACCUGUCCAAGAGCUCAUUACCGAAUGGGCCUGGGGAAACGUGUGGGGCAGACCAGGUCUUGAGAAACGCGAUCGAAGCUUACUCAAUAUUGGCAUGUUGAUGGCCCUGAACCGCGGACCGGAGUUGGCGGUUCAUAUCCGAGGUGCUCGGAGGAAUGGUCUUAGUGAGCUCGAGAUUCGCGAGGCUAUUAUUCAUGCCACGGUCUACUGCGGAGCUCCGGCCGGCGUGGAUGCUAUCAAAACUGCGGAGAGGGUACUGAAUGAGAUGGCUGAGAAUGGCGAGAUUGAGCGUGAACUGGGAGGUAAAGCCAACGUAUGA